ACCUUGACAUUCCCCAAAUUCUUCCCAACUUCAACCUUUUUGCGACGAGCAUUUCAAUUUUCUAACUCUCGCCCGGGUGCCACCAGGCAGAUUAUACGAUCCUUAUGAUUCUAUUCUAUUAGACCUUAGCAGAGGGCAUAUGUCCCAAUCCAACAUUUCUGUUUUUCUCAUUUUCUCGUUUUCUCUGAAUUUCCUUGUCAUAUUCAUUUCACUCUAAUUACAAAAAAUGGGAAUUUGCUCCUCUUGCCUCGGCCGCCGGCGCCGCGAUUCCUACGACGAAGACGAUGUAUCCCGACUGCUUUUCGACGACCCGAACAACCUCCAGUAUGGGAGCUUUGGCGAGCAUAAUUUAAACGCUCAGGCCGACCCGCUUGAGUCACAGCGAGAAGUAGAAGCUCUUCAGAGAGUAGUAGCGCGAACAUCCAAUAAUCUUGUCGAUGUCUUUGAAAUCACACCACAGGAGUCUCAGAGGACUCAACCCGCUCUAUUCUCCGGGCAAGACGUCCGCUUAGCCCGGUAUCAAAAUAUAUUAUCCAAACUCUCACAGCAAGGGGAGACCCCUCCUACGGACAGUGUUCUCGGCGCCGCAGACUGGUUAUUAGGCGACGAUGAUACUGCCGAAUUAUCUGGCAAGGCCCCUAGUAUCAAGGAUGAAAUAGGUGGCUUACUUGUGGGUACAUUCGGGGAUAUAAAUGCAGCGCGGCUAUGAGGAGUUGUUAGUUUUUAAACGGGUUAAUGACGCAAGUUUGCCAUAUGGAUACCAUUCAAUUCCGCCGGAUUGAUAGCGAAACAUGAGCCGAUCUCAGACCGACUUGGUAAUGGAUUUUUUCUAUGACCUGGCCAAGAAAGAUUUUUAUGGCGGGUCAUGUUCUAAUCCAAUCUUGGGUUAUACAGCGGGGGAAAACCGAAAUUCACAUCCUGAAUUAAGUGAACAAACCAAGUCAUACAUAGUACAUGUGCAGUGUAGGAUCAAAGCGACCAAUCAGAGAUUGGUUUUCAGGGGGGGACUUAAGAGAAGCAAGUCCAUUAAGUGGUAGACACGUGCCUAGUCAAUCUCAUUUUCUUUACUAGAAAGUGGAUUCAUAUAAGAAUCCCGUCUGUUCGGUACGCGCUUCUAUAGAUACUUUUGUCUUAGUUAAUCUCAAACAUUCUUUCCGGCUUCGGUAUUGAAAAGACUAUAAAGACC